AUGUUGCUAAAAGUUGUGUCCAUUCUUGCGGCUGGCGCCUUUGGGGCUGCCGAGGCUUCCCUCCGGAAGCCUGUUGUCCAGACAGGCCUAGAUGUGCUCAUCCGUUCAAGCUACAGCGCUCUACAUGGCAAGAAGGUCCUGGUUUUGACCAACCCCACAGGCAUUACACCCGACCUCGAUCUUGGUGUGGAUGUCAUGGUGGAAUCUGGAUCCGUCGAUCUGGUCGGGGUCAUGGGCCCUGAGCAUGGCUUUCGCGGCACAUCGCAGAAUGGAAACGGAGAGGCAACAUUUGUUGAUGCCAAGACCGGACUCACCGUCUACGACGCAUACAAUGUGAACACCACGGUGAUCCAGUCUUACAUUAAAGAGUCAGGAGCAGACACCCUUAUGUUUGAUAUCCAAGACGUGGGCGCCCGUUUCUACACCUAUACCUGGGCUAUGUACGACAGCAUGGUUGCUGCUGCUAUGAGUAACAUUUCCUAUGUUGUUCUGGAUCGACCCAAUCCUAUCACCGGUCUGAAUGCUUUUGGGCCCGUGCUUAACGAGAGCUUUGUGAACUCCUAUGUCGGUCGCCGUGCCAUCGCACAGGCACAUGGCAUGACGGCUGGAGAAAUGGCCAAGAUGUUUGUCGGCGAGGGCUGGAUCAAAGAGUCGGCAGGCGGCCUGGAUCUCCCAUCGCUCAAUGUAGUUGAGAUGAAGGGCUGGAAGAGGUCGAUGGACUUUGUCGACACGAAGCUUCCCUGGGUUCUCCCAAGUCCGAACAUGCCGACGCUUGAUACGGCCAUGCUGUAUCCCGGGACCUGCAUGUUCGAGGGAACCAGCAUCUCCGAGGGCCGAGGAACGGCUCGUCCAUUUGAAAUUAUGGGCGCGCCGUGGACGAACGAGAGCUGGACAACGGCCAUGAGGGACCUUCAAAUCCCCUACACUGACUAUCGCUUCCAAUGUUUCACGCCCACUACAUCUAAGUUCGAUAGCACGAUAUCCUGCGGCCUGCAGACAUACAUGGCCGUAGAGACUGACUAUGCGCAUUCAACAUUCGAUCCUGUCUAUGUCGGUGUCGGUCUUCUCUGGACUGCUCGCCACCUGUAUGCCAACGGGUCAACGGAGCCGAACGAAGGCAACUACACUGCUAGCUUCCACUGGAGACAAAAUGGCGACUAUUAUGAUAUCGAUCUGCUCGUGGGUAGCCCCUUGAUUCGGGAGGGGAUUGAGACAGGGCUCCAUCCUUCUCAAAUUAAGGCGGCGUGGAAGGGCGAGCUUGAUCUUUUUAAGAAGAGGAGGUCCAAGUACCUUCUGUACUAG